AUGCCCAUCGGAACUGUUCGAGAGUGGUUCUCAGCUGUAAAAGCCCAUGCGCACGCGGAAAUUCAAGCGGCAAUACCCUUGUUUCAGAGGUCAGUGGAUUCACUCGGGCAAACAGCGCUGAUGAAGGCCGUCCUUGAAAAGGAUCUGUUCUUGGUCAAGAUGCUUGUGCGCUACGAGCACUCAAUCACCACCAAGGCAGGACUGACUGCUCUCUCCAUUGCAGCGCUUGAAAACAAUUUUGAACUCUGCAAGCUUUUGGCCAUUUAUGAGAAGGACGUGCUGCUCCCAAAUAAGCGGACCCCCCUCAUGUUGGCCGCUGAUUCUGGGUGCACCGAAUCGGUAAAGGCUCUCCUGGUAUUCUAUAGUAACGAGCGAGAUGAAUUUAAAUGGUCAGCGCUCGACUACGCCGUUUCUAAAAACCAUGUAGAUUGUGUUCAUGAACUGCUUAAGACAACUACGUGGACCACUCAGGACUUGACUAUUGCGUUUGGUGUUGCAAAGAGGGCGUCCCUAGCGUCGAUGACGGAACUGCUUUAUGGCUACAUCAGACAGGGUGUUGUUACUGAGUGCCCACACUGUUCUCUCUGUCGCUCUACCCUUCGAGCCGCCCUUGAUGAGGUUACGGCGCUGACGAGCGGGCUUUCAUCCUUCAUUGUCAAUAAUAGGCCUAACCAGGGUCCUGGAAGUGACACCGUAUCAAGAGAAGAAUACACAAGAUUACUUGCCAAAUACGAGGCAUUGUUGGCAGAGUCAAAAGCUUACAAAAGAGACAGUCAAGUGACUGACAAGAGGCGGUCUUAUGACGAGCUGACACAUAUGCCUCCUAAGCCUCAGUCCUCGGGGCAGGCAUCCACCAACCAAGCAAACCCAAUAGGGCUGACCCAAAAUACAUACUCAGUGGACCUGCAAGAUACCGCAGCUGACAACGAAAGGUUUGCAUUAUAUUCAAUCCUGGACCCUACAAUACUAAUAACCGACCAAACUAUUUUAGAAGAUACCUCCAUGUCUGUCCGGCGAAUAAACUUUCCAAUGAGAAAAGGUGAUGCACAACGAAAUGAAGAAGAGGAUGAGGAGGAGAUACAGGUUGACGAAGAUGGAAACACUCCGUUAAUGCAUGCGGUAAUGAACAAGAAGAUGAGUCUUGUCAAGGCAUAUAUGUUCUCGCAGGCUUCGAGGCAAAACUCUUCUGGCGCGACUGCUCUGAUGAUCUCUAUAUCCACAGGAUUUCUGGAAGCGGCUAGAUUCUUGGCAGACUUGGAGGCUGGUAAGCAGGAUGUCCACGGGCAAACAGCCUUGAUGCUCGCUGCAUCUGUUGAUAGCACUGAUCUGGUGAAGAUGUUGAUGGGUGAAGAGGCAAAGAAAACAACUACCAACGGCAAGACAGCCCUCAUGAUAGCAAUAGAGGCAGGAUCUGCUGACUCUGCAAAGCUUCUGGCUCCCGUCGAAGCUGGGAUGCAAGACCAAUCUGGACGAAAGGCUAUUCAUUAUGCCGCGUGGAACGACAUGGAUGAGGUUCUGAGGGUUCUAUUGCCUGUUGAGAAGGGAGCUAAAGACAGCUUUGGAUAUACAGCCUUAAUGAUAGCGUCUCUGAAGGGCCACAUUAACUCUGCUCGAAUGCUUAAAAGCUAUGAAGCCAAAUUGGCAAGACCAGACGGGUGGACGGCGCUCAUGGCAGCAGCCACGCUUAAUAACUUUACGGUUGUUAACGAGCUUAUUGAUGUAGAGGCAGGCAUGCAAACGAAUAGCUCAAACUGUCGCGGAGCUGGAUACACAGCUCUGAUGGCAGCAGCUGAAAUGGGCUCAUUAGAGUCUUUGUGCAUACUAAUGCCUGUAGAAUUCGGAUUGCGACAAGACAGUGGAAAGUCAGCACUCGAGUGGGCUCUCAGUCCCAAUGCCAAAGGAGAUAGGACUAAUAAGAAUAAGUGCUAUACCCUAUUGAGAAAGCACUCAGAUGCAAAAAUGGAGUGA